GUUAAAUUGUCUAGUGGAGCCCAGUUUUCUUCCAAUGAAAGACGUCACCCGUCGAUGUGGAAUCAAUGAACGGGUGAGGAAAAGUAUUUCUGUUCUCCCUCCGAAGAACGCCCCCCCCACCCUCUCUCUCUCUCUCUCUCGCCGUCGUUGCCGCCAGGCUUCCCCUCUGCCCAAGCAAGGCCAUCGGUGCCGUCUCUACCUCGGCUUACAUCGAUCUCCUUCCCCCCUCGGUGGCGCUCGCCCUUCGCCCGCAUUCGCAGCGGUAUAUUGUAGGUCUCAGGACAACCUAUACGAAGAAGGCGAUGAAGAGAUCCGCAAGGCUGGUUGCGAUAACCUAUCUCUUGGGUAGGACUCCAAAUCCUAAUUCAUGUUUGAUCAGGGGGAGCAGCGGAUGCUAUCUCUAUUCUUCUCUUCGUGCAAUCUCUUCUGCGUCGAUCCCUCUUCCUCUUCGGAAUCAAUGGCCCUUUUCUCGAAAUCCAUCCAAUUCAUGGGCAUCGUCACCGUGGAUUCGGUUCGGAGAAAUUUGCGGAAGACUUACUUUUGCUCUGAUCAUUAUAUGCACAGGACAGAGGAGGAGCCUGUUUAUCCAAACACAGUCGACACCCAAUCCAUUGUCUCUCAUGUUUUAUCCAGGACAACCGGUAAUGGAAGCUGGAAGUGCUGAUUUUCCCAAUGCUCGUACGGCUAUGACUUCGCCACUGGCUAAAUCUAUGUUUGAAAUUGAUGGAAUCUCAAGAGUUUUCUUCGGAUCAGAUUUUGUCACGGUAACAAAGUCAGAAGAAGCUUCAUGGGAUUUUCUGAAGUCCGAGAUUUUUGCAGCAAUAAUGGACUUCUAUUCAUCUGGAAAACCACUUUUUCUCGACUCAAAUGUUGCAGCUUAUAUGGACACAGCAAUCCAUGAGGAUGAUUCAGAAAUUGUUGCAAUGAUCAAAGAAUUACUAGAAACACGAAUUCGACCUGCAGUGCAGGACGAUGGUGGGGAUAUUGAGUAUCAUGGAUUUGAUCCGGAUUCUGGGAUAGUCACGCUAAGAAUGCAAGGUGCCUGUAGCGGCUGCCCAAGUUCAUCUGUGACAUUGAAGUCUGGCAUCGAGAAUAUGCUUAUGCAUUAUGUGUCGGAGGACGAGGCAGUUAAGAAUCUUGACGGAAACGGACGUUCCCAAAUAACAGUGACACAUCACUUUGUCAAAGGGGUUGACCAGGAGCUAGAUACGGAUGAGGGUGCUUCGUCAAGCGGUCAAACGGAAUAAAAUGUUACUGAAGAAGCCUAAUCAUCGAACCUCCCCCAUAGAGAAUUAGUGCCUGCUGUGAUUUCUCAACUCGCAGCACCAUCAGCGGAGAAAUCUGGAGUUAUAGUCGAAGACCGUUUAACCUCUGUAUAUAUGUUUCAUAACAGGGGAAAAAGAUAACCAACCGUAAUGUUCGAUAGCGAAGCAUGUAACUAUCGAAAUGAGAUUUUUUUUCUUCUUUUUUAUCCAUGGGCACAUUUCCACAUAAAUGUUGUCUUUUUAUUUCAAUACUUGGCUCUUCCAAGAUCAUGGAUAAGAUGCUAUUGGUAAAUGCAUAUUUUUCUGUA